UUGUCUGCGUCUCCAAAAUCAAAACAGCAAAUAAGUAUUAAAAUAUAAAACCAUUUUUUAAAAAAUACACGAAAAAGGGUUUUGUCUUUAUCGAAAAUAUUUGUAUUUGGUGAAACCACGAAAAGAAAUAUAUAAUGAGGAGAAAAUAAUCAAAAAUCAAGAAAAUAUUUGAUGGGGAGGAUUUGAGUUUGUAUUUGUUGGGUAUGAUCCAACGAGAGAGAAAGAAGAUGGACUCUUUCUGACUUCUGAUCACGUGAUGUCGUGAUCCUUAUCCCUUUUGGACCAGAAGCCUAUUCUCUGUUUACGAGACACGGUCACUUUCAUUAAAAACGACGCGCAUUCUCUUGUUGUUUUUUCAAAAAGGUAAGUGGUUCGUUUUAAAAAAAUUAUUAUCCCGGUUAACUUUCUUGAUGAAAAGUGGACGUCGUGCCGUUUCUACUUGUCCUAACUCAUAAAUUUUGUUGUGAUAAACGACGGUUUGAAUCUACUCUCAUAUGAUAAAUAAGUCUUUCAAGUUUCAAUUAAUAUUGCAUUCAAACCAUGAUCAUAUAUGUAUGCAAUCUCCUACUUUUUUUCAGGUAUCACUAAAAGAAGAAACGAUGUACAAAAAUGAAAUAAAAUCAGAGAACGUGCAACAUACGUAAUUGUAUAUAGUUAAAGAAAUGAGCAAUAUAUAGCAACGAAUGGAAUCACAUCUACUUGUCGAAGCAUGUGAAAUUUAUUUAUGGGUUUGUUUAUAGAAUUGGAACCUUUUUAUUAGAACUCAAACCUAACACACAAACUGCAGCUACCAACCGGUGGUUACAAGAUUGCAAUAUUCUUCACUAGAUUAUAAAUUUCAAUCUUUGAAGCUUUAUAGUUUGAUUUAGUAUUUGACACUAGUAUACGAAUAGAAGUAGCACAUUAUACGUGAACCCUGUCUCCAGUAAUAAUCUAUCACAUUUAUGUAUAAUAUUGGUGGAUAAUAUAGAGAAGAAAAGAUAACCGACGGACAAACAUAAAAUCUUCUUUAUUUUCAAAAACAUAAAAUCUUCUUUUGAUAUUAAAUACUAUUGUUGGUUUUGUUUCUGUCUGUAAAACAUUAAAAACAAAAAUGCCCGAUAAAUUAUUGCCCUUGAAGAUAUUUUUAUUUAUUUUACUACUGUUGUUGAAGAUAAAAGUGAUUUAAAAAAAUAUCUUGAAGAUAUUAAAAAACAAAUAAGCCGUUAAAAGAAAUUGUAUGCUGUUGAAAAAAACUGAUGGGAAAGAGAAGGUUUCAGAAAGCAAAUGAACCGUCAGUGACGGUAUCAGAAACUUCCUGUCCGUCGGGGUCUCAGACAACAAGGAGACGAAGGGGAAGGCCGAGGAAGAAUCUUGAGAGUUCAGAAGAAAAUAAGGAAGAAUCUGAAGAAGACGAAGACUACGAAGUUGAGAUUAUUGACAGAGAGAAACAGAAGAGGAAAGUUAGACGUAGCACUAGUGUGGAAGAAGAGCAAAAGUGGAAACAUGAAGACUUACAGAAUGAGGAGGAUGAGAAGAAGCCGGACACGACGGUGAAGGCGGUUGCACCGCUGUCACAUAGACGGUCGAGGAGGAAGAACACACCGGUGAAGAGCUGGUAUCAAUAGGCUUAAAAUAUUGUGUGUGUUCAUCGUUUAACUAUUGUUGAGUUAUAAAUUAGUUAAGAACCAUGAUGAGAAAAAGACCUAUGAUUUAUAAUUUCAUGAAUCCGAUAAAAACAAGUUUUGCCAACAA